GAUGUCUGCAGACAGUAAGCUGAUGAAGCGCUCCUUCUCCACUAUCGGGGAUCAGUGUGUGAACGGCCUCUGGCAGGAGCAGCACUCUCUGGAGAGAAUCAGUCCGGACGGCGAGUACCGACCACGACAGAAGAGCUACAGAGGUCCUAAAAACAACCCCAGAGAAACCAGCAGUCACGAGCGAGGGCGAUCUAAGGAGCGGCGCCACCUGCUGUCUCCAGACGUUUCCAGAUGUAACUCUGAGGAGCGAAGCAGAGACACUUCCUGUGAGAGGAGGCGCUCCAGAUCCCCGAGCGAAGGACGGACUCACACCUUACAGAGACAGGUGAACUCGUCUGUAAGCCCCGCCCACUCUGACUCCGGGACGCCUCGAAAUCGUCGCCAGCUUCCUCAGACUCCCUCUCGCCCUCGACCCUACAUCUCCUACUCUCCUCUGGUCUCCCAAACAUCCACCGUCCCAGUUUUAGCAGAAUCGUCCUCCUCCCUCGAGGAUGGAUCUGGAGCCUCCAAAUUGAAACCGGAGAAAGAAACCAGCCCCCUUCCUCCAGUUCAGGGGUCCUCUGGAGGUCAGGGGUCGUCUGGAGGUCAGGGGUCAUCUGGAGGUCAGGGGUCGUCUGGAGGUCAGGGGUCAUCUGGAGGUCAGGGGUCGUCUGGAGGUCAGGGGUCGUCUGGAGGUCAGGGGUCGUCUGGAGGUCAGGGGUCAUCUGGAGGUCAAAGCCACCCCUCGCCUCAACGCUACAUCUCAGAGCCCUUCUUGCCGUUCCACGAUGACGUCAUGGAGGGAGCUGACGGGGAGGAAACUCUCACUUUUGAGACGGCCGUGGCCACCAGUUUGGGACGAGCCAACGCCAUAAGCUCCGCCCCCCAGCUCAGACACUCCUGGCAGGUUCCCAACGGACACAUCCGCACGAAGACUUUGGGCCAGGCGAGUCCUUCAGGAGCCAAUGAGCUGCUGAGCGACACGGACGAGGACGACCGCUGCUAA